AUGCAAACUCGACGUAGAGGUCCACAGAAUUUGAUUCCUCUAGAUCUUGAAAUCGAAGCCACUGCACGCAAGCAAGGAAGUACAAAGAGACGAAUUAAGAAUAAGAAUCAAGCAAUGGGUGAAGAAGCAACUAAAACUCUUUGGGAGUAUGGGUUACCCAAUGAAUGCCCUGUGAGUCACAUUGCUAGUUUCUUGGAGAAAUGCGACACAGUGAAAAUCAACAGUGUGAGUGAGGAUGCUAUUCGACUACGCCUUUUUCCUUUCUCUCUUCGAGAUAGAGCAAGGGAGUGGUUGAGAGAUGAAGGAGUCGGAACUUUUGAUACAUGGGGGAAACUUGCCAAAGCAUUCUUGGUGAAGUUUUUGGGGCAAGAAAAGACUGCGAAGCUGAGGAACGAGUUAGCAACCUUUGAGCAACAUGACGACGAAUCAUUGUAUGAAGCAUGGAGAAGGUUUCUACGUUUGCAAAGACAAUGUCCUCAUCACGGGAUUCCUGAAUGGAUGUUGAUACAGACCUUCUACAAUGGUUUGACACAUGAGUUUCGUAUCUACAUUGACGCUGCUUCAGGUGGUUCCCUUAUGACUAAGAAUCCAACCGAAGCAAAGGAGUUGAUUGAGAAGAUGGCGGCCAAUGACAACUACCAUCCAAAUGGUCGCAAUCGUGCUAAGAAGGGAGGAAAAUAUGAUGUUGAUGCGCUAACCACUUUGACUAAUACUGUGCAGGCACUAUCUCACAAGUUUGAUCGACUUCAAGCUGGUUCAUCUAUGAUGGUCUCAUGUCAGAUGUGUGGAGUACAAGGACAUGCUGCUACUGAAUGUCAAAUCAACAAUGAUAGGAUGACCAUUGAGCAAGCCAAUGCUCUUUAUAACUCCAACCCAAAGCAGCCAUAUGAUCCUUAUUCUAACACGUACAAUGAGGGAUGGAAGCACAAUCCUGCAUUCUCGUACAAGAACACUCAAGCACAACUCAAUCCGCCUCCUCCACCUCGCAACAACUUUAAUGCACCACAGGUUUUCAAUUAG